AUGGCAUUGGUCAAUUGCUUGGUCACCUCACUGCUCAUGCGAUUGUUCAUCAACGCAAUCACUACUCUGUCUACAACAUUAGAUGUUAUCGGUGGAAUUUGGAUUAAUGAUUUAUGCACUUACAAAUUGCGGAGUUCAGCUGUAGAAAGCGAUGCAGAAGGGUAUCUUUCGUACGAGGAAAUCGCGGAUGUUGCGGCCCACCGGGAAGCGGAAGAUGCACAGGUCGAGCAGGAUGAUGGCGACGAUAAGGGUAACGAUGACGGCGGCGAUGGCUUGGGGGUCAGGGCGGAAAGGUGUAGAAGUGGUAGACAGAUCUUCACCGUGGGAAUCGAGACCACCAGUCCGAGCGGCAACACCGGAGGGAGCAGAAGACUCUGCACCGGAGGAAGAAUGGGAGGCAGCAAGCUGUUCAGGUGGACGUUUCUUCAGGCAACAUUCACAUCCACAUUUUUUAAACCUGCAAACAUAUCAAUCACUCAAGCAACGCACUCACCUACUGCAACACGUACCACUGCCGCGCCCAGUCCCCUCAACCUGCAACCUUAUCAAUCACCUAGCAACGCACUCACCAACUGCAACCAUGAACCACGUACCUCAGCCAAGGACACUGCCGUCUUCCAUAAGUUCCACAGCCACCCGGCUAACCGCCAUAAAACUUACAUCCAAUUACAUCACAACUAUGCAGCUGCCAAAGCUGAAGUACUACCGAGGUAG